AUGAAGGUUUUGUAUGUUAGGGAUCACAUUUAUGGAGAUAUACUAUGCAGCAAAAAGAUCAAGAGGGAGAUUUCCAUUAUGAAGCUAGUCAGGCAUCCUUAUGUUGUUCGCCUGCAUGAGAUACACCUUGGGCGUCUUAGUGAAGCUGAAUCUAGAAGAUAUUUCCAACAGCUUAUUGAUGGUGUAGAUUACUGCUACAGUAAGGGAGUUUAUCACAGAGAUUUAAAGUGUUUUGGUGAUGCUACAUUGGCUCCAUAG